UGAAUGCAAAUAUCUCUCGAUUUAUAAAUGUACUAUACUAAGCGGAGAGUAGUAUCUGAUAGCUGGUUGUAAAGUAUCUUGUUGGGAGGAAUGGUUCUAAACUUGUGUCUUGUUUUGUUGGAGAAAGAAGGAUCAGAAGUCAGAUGAUGAUGAAGAAAUGCAUGCACGUAUCCUUGUUUGCAAUUGUCUCUGUGAUACUCCUGUGGGUGUCAUAUAUGAAACGCUUUGGUUUCCCAGACUCUGAGAUUGACAGGUUUGUGAUAUCAGGCAGCAUAGGUGAAAAUGAUUCUCCAGUAUGGACACAACAACCGCAAUUUGUCUAUCUCGUCCAAGGCGCAUCAAGACACCCUAUUCCCAAUCUCAACGCCAAGCCGAGUAGAGAAAUAGUAUGGCUGACGUACAGAGACAAAACAGGCGACAUCUACUUUCCGAACAGCACUCUCACAGAAGGUCGUAACCGGCUGCUCUUGGAAGCAAUUGACCGUGCAUCUAAGAGGAAUGACGGUGGCUACUUGUACUACCUCUUUCUGGACGAUGAUUUGUUGCUGAGAAAUGAGAAUGAUAGGAAACGCUGGUGGAGAGAAGAUUUACCAAACAACCCUUUUGAUCGAUUUGAGCUAUUUUUACUCGAUUUCCAACCAGCAGUUGGAUUUGCAAGAUAUCAACAUAAUAUCCAUGAUGCUCCAGCCCCAGUGGGGGUGAAAUAUAAUUUCGAUGCUAUUUUCAACGGGUUCCACCGCCACACAAUUUCCUUCAUGUUGCCAUACAUAGGCGAUUUAGAUCACACAUCAUGGUGGUUUUCGCAGUGGUUUGUCAUUCACAUAUCUGCUAUGUUUUAUAAUUCAAAUCGUGUCCUUUGCAACGCAGUUUAUGCAAUAAAUCCAAGAUAUCAUGGGAACAAUAAGUUGAAGGGAGCCUACACCGAUUCUGAAGAUUUUCGUAUACCGCGUGAUUAUUUUCGGACAUGGAUAGACAAGAACAACAAAGUUAAAACCGCCAACGGGGAAAAUAUUAACUUGCUUCGGACCUUUAAGAGACAGGCUCUGUAUUUGGACAUUCCAGGAAAAGCCGACAGAAAACACAGUAUGGAAUACAGAGUUUCUACAAAGUUUAUAACCAUUGCAUUCAAUAAGUCCCAUCCGGGCAUUCAAAAGAUUCUGCGCUGGAGAAAUUUACCAAAAGUAAGGAAUAUCCUGUAUGGGAGUGAGAAGGAUGAACCUGACUUCUUUCCAGAUGUUUUCCCCUUGCACUAA